GGCCAUCUUCUGGCUCCUUUCUUUUCCUCUGGCUUGGACGCCGUGGCAACUGUCAUGUGACCUGCAAACACAAGCUCUGCGGCCGUCCCAGACCCAGCGGGCGCCUCUCUGAAAGGAGCAAGACCAUUCACUCCCUUGCAGAGAUGCCCGGAGCCCGCCGGCUGACUUUUCCCGGUGCCAGUGAGUACCUGUGCCACACGUGGGAGAAAGCCUACCAGGACCACAGGAAGAAGGUCCAGAAUGCCAGGCCAGUGGUCGACACCUGUGCCCCGCCGACGUUCCAACACCUCCACCUGAAACUCAAGAGGCUGAAGCUGGAGGAGGAACGGCUCUCCGCCAUCGAGAGGGACAACCGCCUGCUUCUGGAGAAGGUGGCCUGUGUCAUGAGGACCAGGAGACAGACCGACAGCAGAAGCAACUUCACACACAGGAGGUGGUGACUGCUCCUGCUUGUGACCGGCAGUCUGGGAUGCCAGGCCGCUCCCUCAUGACUUCACUUUUUUACCCAGAGUGGAGUCCGGCCCUCUCUGGAGGCAGAGAACAGCAGGCCUUCGCAUGGCUGAAGACCGCCCGAUGGAUGCUUCGUCGUGGAUCCUAAAAGCAUCUCCUCUCCAAGGCGAAUAGUCUCUGUCUCUGGCGUCCCACAAAGCCCUAGAAUAUGCACACAAGUUAUACCGUCCUUCCCUCUCAAUGCAAGAUGUUGAUGGUGACUGUGAUGGUGAAAGGAUGGAGCCCAAAAUGGAAUCUCUCUGGUCUCCUUGGGCUCUCGCACAGCAAGAGUCCUUUCCUGGAACCCUGGGCGAGUCAGAAGACAGUAAUAUCUUUGCUCUAAGAAUUUGUCUUUCAGCUGCCUGCCCCGCCCUCCUGAUCUAUGUGACUGACCCGCCCAUCCAUCCAGCCGUCCUCAGACCCCAUCAGUCCUCAGACCCCAUCACCGACAAACGCUUGCCUGUCCUGCCCACCCCAAAGGAGCUUUAAAAGCUCCGAGUCUCGAGCACCUGCCGCCAUGUUUUCUUCAGACACCGGGUCCCUUCUCUCCCUUGAGAAUUGGAUCCAUACACACUCUCUAAUUUACUUUCUAAAAAGCCUUUUCUCAUCUAAUUUCUGUGCAAUUCUGUGCAUCUUAUCCACGGCCCCGGCUCAGCCCACCAGCCCACUGACCUAACAUUUUUACAGACCUAACAGAUGUACAAUUCUAAUGAAGUCUUUCUUUCCCCAGAAGUGCUUGAGGCUUUCAAAACCUGUGGCCAGCCCCCAUGUUCAAGAAGCUCAUAGUGGUUUCCUGGUUUCACAAUA